UGGGGGUAAAUUUUGGGUAACAAUAUUCUUGAAACGAGUAUGUUGAUGUGGAAGAGAUUUCAGCUAUAAAGAUUUGAUUUUUUUGGUGUUUCUUUUCAUGGGAGUGUAAAUGGGUUCACUUGAAACUGGAUUGGCAUUGAAGAGGGAUCAUAAUUUGCAGCGUUCCUCUUCAUCGAGGAGCUCUAGCAGCAGUAAUAACAUUGGAUUUUCGGGGCAAAGGAGCAGAUCAAGAUUUGCAAGAGCUGUCCUUUUCAAGAAAAUGGAUUAUCUGCAGUUGAUUUGCUCCGUUGCUGUUUUCUUCUUCUUCGUUUUCUUCUUCCAGAUUUUCUUCUUGCCGGGCUCGGUGAUUGAAGAUGGGCAUAAUGGCCGUGAUUUGUUUGGGAGGAAUGUUGGAGCUGAUUCUGAGGGUUUUUCGUUUUUGAAAGGGUUGGAUUUUGGUGAAGAUUUGAAUUUUGAGCCUUUGAAUAUCAUUGAGAAGUUUCGGAAGGAAGGUGGUGUUGGGAAUGAGAGUGGAGUUGUGAGAUUUGGAUACAGAAAACCGAGGAUUGCUUUGGUUUUUGCUGAUCUAUGGGUUGAUCAGCAUCAAAUACUAAUGGCUACUGUUGCUACGGCUUUGAUGGAGAUUGGAUAUGAAAUUGAGGUAUUCACAAUGGAAAAUGGUCCAGCACGUGCUAUCUGGAGAAAUAUAAGUGUUACUGUCGGCACCGCUGACAAUAAUAUGAAGUUUGCUGUAGAUUGGCUGGACUAUGAUGCUGUUCUUGUGAAUUCUCUUAAUGCUGCAGGGUUCUUAUCUUGUCUUAUGCAGGAUCCUUUCAAACAUGUUCCUGUUGUAUGGACCAUCCAUGAACAAGCACUAGCAAACCGAUUAAGACAAUAUGUUUCGAGUGGCCAAAGUGAGCUGAUCGAUAUGUGGAGAAAAUACUUCAGCAGGGCCACUGUUGUUGUCUUCCCAAACUAUAUUCUGCUGAUAGCGUAUUCAAUGUGUGAUCCUGGAAAUUACUUUGUCAUUUCGGGCUCCCCUGAAGAAGCUUGGAGAGCUGAUACGCAAAGGGCUUUAGUAAAAGAGAAUUUACCACCGAAUGUGGAGUAUGAACCAGAUGAUUUUGUUGUUGCAGUUGUGGGGAGUCAAUUAUCAUACAGAGGAUUGUGGCUCGAGCAUGCGUUUGUCUUAAAGGCUUUAUACACGCUAUAUAAGGACUUUGGUGAUUCAAGCUCCCGUCUUAAAAUCAUAAUCUCAACUGGCGACUCCACUAGCAACUACAGUAGUAUCGUGGAGACCAUUGCCCUAAAAUUUGGAUUUCCAAAGGAUACGGUGAAGCAUGUUGCUAUGGACCAAAACAUAGACACUGUGAUAGACACAGCUGAUCUCGUAGUGUACGGAUCCUUCCUUAAAGAGCAUUCGUUCCCCGGUGUUUUGCUGAAAGCUAUGUGUUUCGAGAAACCUAUAGUAGCUCCAGAUCUACCUGCUACAAGGAAAUAUGUAAGUGACAAGGUAAAUGGAUACCUUUUUCCAAAGGACGAUAUGAGGGCUCUGAUACGUAUCUUGUUGCAAGUGGUUUCAAAUGGUAAACUCUCAGUUUCAGCUCAGAAUGUUGCAUCAAAUGGAAAACAUACAGCUAAAAACUUAAUGGUCUCGGGAAGUGUGGAUGGAUAUGCUUCACUAUUGGAGAACAUCCUUACGCUUCCAUCCGAAGUAGCUCUACCCCUGGCUGCCAAAAGCAUUCCCAACAAACUGAAAACUGAAUGGCAAUGGUCUCUUUUCGAAGCUAUUUUGGACAUCCAUUCUCCUAGCAAAGACACUGUGGAGUCUGUAGACAAGAUUGAGAAACUAUUUGAUCAUACGAACGGAGAGAACUCUGUGUCGUUGAUAUCACGGAAUGAAACAUUUUUGUAUUCCAUAUGGGAAGAGCAAAAGAACAUGGAUAUUGCUUACAUGAGAAAGAACAGAGAGGAUGCAGAGUUGAAGGAUAGGACAGAUCAGCCUCGAGGCAAAUGGGAUGAAAUAUAUCGAAGUGUCAGGAGGGUUGAACGUACGUUGCACGAAAGGGAUGAAGGAGAACUUGAAAGAACUGGCCAACCGCUAUGUAUUUACGAACCUUACUUUGGAGCUGGAACAUGGCCCUUCUUGCACCGCACUUCAUUAUAUAGAGGGAUUGGGCUGUCCACGAGAGGUAGAAGGCCUGGAGCUGAUGAUGUGGAUGGGCCUUCUCGUCUCUCUUUGUUGAAUAAUGCCUACUAUCGAGAUGUAUUAGGAGAAUAUGGAGCCUUCUUUGCAAUUGCUAACCGGAUUGACCGCAUUCAUAAGAAUGCUUGGAUAGGAUUUCAGUUCUGGAGAGCUACAGCACACAUGGUAUCUCUGUCCAAGACUGCUGAAAAGUCAUUGUUGGACGCUGUAGAAGCACGAAAGCAUGGAGACACUUUGUACUUCUGGGCCCGGCUCGACAAGGACCCUAGAAACCCAUUGAAACAGGAUUUUUGGUCAUUCUGCAAUGCUAUAAAUGCCGGGAAUUGCCAGUCUGUGUUCUUGGAGACUCUGAAACAGAUGUAUGGCAUAAAACAUAACUUGACUUCUUUACCCGUCAUGCCAUCGAGUGAUGGCACUUGGUCUGUCAUGCAUUCAUGGGCUCUUCCUACUAAGUCCUUCUUGGAGUUCGUCAUGUUUUCAAGAAUCUUUGUGGAUGCACUUGAUGCACAAUUCCACGAGGAUCACCAAAAGACCGAGCUCUGCUGUCUUGGUGUAUCGAAGGACAAGCACUGCUACUCUCGUUUGCUUGAAUUGCUCGUAAACGUUUGGGCAUACCAUAGUGCGAGAAGAAUGGUGUACGUAGACCCAGAGACGGGUUUUAUGCAGGAGCAGCACGGGCUGAAAAGCCGGAGGGGUCAGAUGUGGAUCAAGUGGUUUCAGUUCUCCACUCUUAAAGCCAUGGACGAGGACUUGGCCGAGGAAUCUGACACGGAUCGUUCAUACAGACGACGGCUGUGGCCAUCAACGGGUGAAAUAGUAUGGCAAGGUACCUAUGAGAAGGAGAGGAGUCGGAAAAACCGAGAGAAGGAGAAGAAGAGGCAACAGAGUGAGGCUAAGAGGGACCGGAGGAAUAGACGGGGCAGUCGUCAGAAACCGAUCGGAAAGUAUGUGAAGCCGGUGGCAGAGGCGACGAAAGCGAAUGCCACGGAUCUUGCUUUGAGGUAGCACUAAUAUGUUCAUACUAAUUAUUUUGGAGUAACCAUUGUUUCUAUUCUUUUAGGAUCAAGAUUUCUUCCCUUCCCCUUUUUAUUUGGUCAUUUUUUUUGUCAAUUGUAAAUGGUAGAUUAGUUUCUAAACUAUAACUACAUUUUAUGCAUCAACACUCCCCAUCUUGAAAAUUUGGUACUUCUUGUACCUUUAGAGAAAAAUUGAUAUUAAGUCCUAAUUUUGAAGAAUGAAUUCUGUUUA